AUCUUUUUCCUCCCAGUUUCCCAAAUCCAGCUUCGCUCUUCCUUCUUCCACCCGAAACUUGAAAUUGUAAUCAGGGUUCUUCAUUUCGGUUGGAGAUGUCGUUACUUGAACUCAUCACAAGAGCUGCUGCUGAUUCUGAAAACUCGUCAUUAGUUGAAUCAAAAUACCCCAUAAUAUUGAACGGGACUUCAAUUAUAGCCGAUUUGAAGCCCGAGAAAAACAACACAGAUGAUACCAAACUUAUCAAGCGCGUUCAAGGAUGGAAGAUUUCAGAAACCGAUGCAGAAAUCAUUGAAUCAGUUACGAAUCAGUCUGAUGAUGAUUUGACUACUUCUUCUUGUUUAAUGCUAGAAAAGUUAGGGGGUUUUAUCGGUAAAGAUGUGUUGUGUUUGAUUAUGGAAACUUCAUUAAGUUUGGAGAUAUGGGAAGUACUAAAAACCUUAAUUUUUCAAGGAGUUGUUUGUUUGGAUUUGAUUGAGAUUUUAGUGAAGAAAAGGAGAUCAGAUUUGCUUUGUCUGUGCAUCAAACACAUUUCGGACAUUCAAUCUAGUGAUCUGGUAAGUGUUUUCAAGUACUUUCUUACCCCACCCAAAGGUUCUCACAGUACAAUGAUGAAUGUAAGAAAAGAUUGGGAAAAUCAAGCUAAUUUAGCUAUAGAGAAGAUUGGGAAACAAAAUGAAAAAUCUUUAUUAGCAAAAGAAGCUUCGGUAUUACUUAUGAUUGCUUAUGACGGGUUUACUUCAUCUGAACUUUGUUUGCAUUAUUUGUUUGCAAGUUCAAAUCUGGAUCUAUUGACAUUGUCGUAUUGUUUAUCAAGAUUGGGAGGUACGGAAAUGUUGAGUUUGAUUAAGUACUUAGGGAAAUGGUUGAAGAAAUAUGAGAAGUUUCCUCAAGCAUGUCCUUGCCCUAAAGCUGCUAAGAAACUGGGUUUGAAAGCUUGUGAUUGGGUUCCUUCUCUCAAAUCAGUCGUGAAAUAUCUUGGGUUGGUUUUGGAUGAACAUUUUUCGAAACUGGUUUUGUAUACUGAGUUUCAAGAUGAGCUGAGAUUGAUUGAUGGAGUUGUCAAGUCUUUAGCAUGUGGAGCUAGAUUGUGUUGCUCAGUUGCCGAUGUAGUUGAAAAUUUGAAGGUGGAAGUUAAGAGUCAAAAUGGUGCUUAAGAGGUUGGGCUUUUAUAUGUAUUUUCUUGUAACAAUCAGUCAGUAAUUUUCAUGGUCUAAAUUUUGAUUGGAGUACGCUUAGUCUUUCUUGGUUCAUUCUUGAACUGUAUACCAUUUUUAGGAUGAGAAUUUUGAAUUCCUUUGCACUUUUAA